CUCGCUCUUCUCCUCCUCUUUGGUGCCUUCAGCCAGGAGGCGGGAGUGACCCGCGCGGCAGCUGACCCAGCACAGGCACUGCCUCUCCCACAGCCCUCGGAGCACACCAUGGGCCCAGGGGCCGGUUUGCAGCACAGCAGCGACGACGCAGGCGGCAGCCCCGGCGACGCUCAACUGCCUCCCUGACCGCCGACACCACCGCCCUACACCCCGAAAAACGAUCGCCACCAACGGCAGGAUCUUCAGGGCACCGCAAAACACCGUCGCGAGCGACUCAAGCUACGUCAACAACUAUGGCAGGCGAGGGGCGGCGGGCGGAGCCGGAGAGGGAAGGAUGGGCGCUGUACGUCACGCCCAGGGCUCCGCUACGGGAGGGAAGGCCCCGGCUCGCCCCUCAAAAUGGCGGCAGCAGUGACGUGCCUGCGUACGGAACUCCUACGCCGUCGCGCCACGGCCGGCGGGAAGUGAGGUUCUCAGAAGAGCCGCCCGAAGUGUACGGCGACUUCGAGCCCCGGGCGGCCAAAGAAAAGGCCCGGGUGGGAAGACAGAUUCCGCUAGAAGGGUUCCGGCCCGAUUCGGCGAAAGAGGAAGUGAGAGAAAGCGCCUAUUACCUUCGGUCUCGGCAGCGAAGGCAGCCCCGACUCCACGAAGCCGAGGAGAUGCAGACGCGGAGAUCUACUCGCCUCCAGGAGCAGCUGCACUCGCCGCCGCCUCCGAUACGACCCUCUCCGGUUACGACCAGAAGAGGAUUACGGGACUCCCAUUCAUCCGAAGAGGAUGAACCACCUUCACAAACUGUUUUAAGCCAAACGGUCACAAAGAAAGCUAUCAGGAGAACACAAGAGACUCCAGUGAUGAGUGAAGACCCUCUAAUCAGCCUGUGUAGACCUCCUCUAAGAAGCUCAAGAUCUGAUUCGGCACACAAAACAAAUGGAAAUACUAAAAUGAGUGAAUUAGAAGCUGCCAGUGUCCAUCAGAAGGUCAAUUACUUGGAAGAAGGGGAAACUGAAGAAAAUGAUCAAGACAGCUCUGACAGUGAUGUUACUGUUAAGGUCAGAUCCGGGGAUUCUGUUGAGUCUGAAGACCAAACCACCAGAUCGUCAAGUCAAUAUAAAGAAUCACUUUGGCAGUCAUCACAAAGUAGAGACUUCACAGCUUUUGAUAAGCAACCAUUAAUGCUAAGCUCAGGAUAUCAGAAAACUCCUCAGGAACGGGUUGAACAAACCACAAGAAUAAGGACUAGGAUGCAAACAUCAUCACCAGGCAAGCGUUCAAUAUAUGGCAGUUUUUCAGAUGAUGACAGUGUUCAGAAAUCAGAGCUUGGAAACCAAUCUCCAUCAACCUCCAACCAACAAAUGACUGGGCAACCCAGAAGUGCAUCUUCUGUCAAGACAAAGUGGUAUUGGCCCCUUGUUGUGAUAGCCGCUCUUCUCAUUGGGAGUUUUUGGUACACUCAUCCUCCUGAAGCAGAAACCACUGCUGUUCAAGAGUUCCAGAACCAGAUGAAACAACUGAUGAAUAAGUACCAAGGUCAAGAUGAGAAGCUGUGGAAAAGGAGCCAAACAUUACUGGAAAAACAUCUCAAUGGUUCCCAACCUCAGCCUCAGCCUGCGAUUUUGCUGCUCACUGCCGCCCGAGAUGCUGAAGAAGCACUCAGGUGUCUGAGCGAACAGAUCGCUGAUGCCUACUCCUCCUUCCGUAGUGUUCCUGCCAUCCGGAUUGAUGGGGCCGGCAAAGCUGCUCGAGACAGUGAUACUGUCAAAGAAGAAGUAGAUCAGGAACUGAGCACUGGGUUCAGAAAUGGCCAGAAAGCAGCUGUGGUCCACCGCUUUGAGUCACUGCCUGCAGACUCUACUUUGAUCUUCUACAAGUAUUGUGACCACGAAAGUGCAGCCUUCAAAGAUGUAGCCUUAGUCCUGACCGUCUUGUUGGAGGAAGAGACACUUGGAACCAAUCUGGGCCUCAAGGAAAUUGAAGAAAAAGUGAGAGAUUUCCUCAAAGUCAAGUUCACCAACUCUAACACACCCAGCUCCUACGAGCAUAUGGACCCAGACAAACUGAGUGGGCUCUGGAGCCGUAUUUCUCACUUAGUCCUGCCUGUACAACCUGAAAAUGACCUGAAAAGGGGCAUCUGCUUUUAAAGGAAGACAGAAGAGAAAAUUAUGUCUCAAGUGCUGAGAAUUUUUUCAAACUUUCUAACCAGACAGCACUCAGCUCUUUUUGAAAGACCUGGUUUCUUUUUAAAGGACGUUAGGUUCUUAGGUAAACAUGGAACAUCUGUAUUGUUUAUUCAGCCUAAUUAUCUGUUACCUGAGAGACUCAUUUCCCACUGAGAUCUGUUAAUGAUAUCUACAGACUAUAAAUUAUAUACAGUUCCAUAGAGGAUCUACUUAAAUUCUGGAGUGAAUCAUUAUUCCUGUGGUAUGACCAGUGGGAGGGAUUUGGCUCCUUCCUAUAAAUCCUCCCUAAUGUUUUAACUUGGGUGUUUUUUCACAGAGUUUGUUAUUAGUAAGACAGCUCCCUGAGCGCAACUGUGGGCUUUCCUGUUUUGUUCUCUUUUUUCAUCAUUUAGAUGUGAAUUCCUUAGUCAGCUUCUCCUUAUAGGAACAAAAAUAAUGAAGGGCCAUCUGAGUGAGUGUUUGGGUGUUUCUUUCUUUUUUUCUUUAAUUUUGGAGGACAGGGAAAAGGAGACCAGGGAAAAGUUGUGGAAUGGAGAAGGAAAGGGGAGGAAAAGUCUUCAAGAUGAAAUAUUAAAAUAAGUCACUGGGGGAAUUCCUUGAUGGUCUAGUGGGUGGGACUCCAUGUUCUCACUGCCAAGGGCCUGGGUUCCAUCCUUGGUUGGGGAGCUAAGAUUCUGCAAGCCACCCCAUGCACACUCAGAAAUUUAAAAAAAAAAGUCACUGUCACCUGGGGUUCAUCAAACAUAGCUAUAUGAACUCCAUUCUCAGUGAAUUCUGUUGGGACUUUUAUUUUCCUUGAAGAAAUUUUUACUCCUCCCAAGGAUUCUGAAGCAUGUAUAUGAUGAGGUUUAGUAUAUUUGCUCACUUGGCGCUUAAGAACAGGCAAAUUCAGGCAGUUUAUUUUGUUCAUAUCCUGAAAAUUUUGUUAAGAAAGAUAAUGUCAGAAAUUGGUAAACUGCUUUGUCAACGACCUCUCCUCAGUGACUGAAGAGGGCUUUGAUUUUCUGCAUGUCCAUUUGUUGCAGUCUACGUCCUUUAAUGACACUCUUGUAACAAGUAUAAAGAUUUACUAUGCACAUGAUAAAUUCUGUUGAGUGCCUCAAGCCAAAAAGAAAGUGAAGUUUACUAUAUAUGAAGGAUGUUAAGAUGUACUGCUGUACAUAACUGUACCAUAGUAUUUCAGUUUUAACUUUGCAUCUCUUAACACCUUUCUCAUCUGUCAACAGCUUUGGUUUUCUUAGAAUCUUAAAAUUCUGGAUCAGCUUUAUUUUUUUAUUGUCUACAAACCUUUAAAUGGCAAUAUUGCUUUUAGAAUACUAAAGCCUGUCAGUGGCUUCUUCAUUUACCUUUUGAGGAUCCCAUAACUGAUGGUAGAAUAUGGUCUUAUUUCUUCCCACUAGGACUACCAGUAUUCGUAAGUUUAUACUCCUUAUUAUAAUCUGUUCCUGACACUGUCAGAAGUCAGAUAUUCUUGAUUUAUAGAGGAUUCUAAAACAAGAAUUUUUGAAAAGGCUUAUUUUAUACAUAUAUGUAUUAUAUGGAGAAACAGAUGUUUUUAUUAACUGUUUCAUUGACCAAAAUUUUAAAAUAAUAUUACUUAUAUCAGGAAAAAUAAUUGUAGCAGCUAAUCUGUAAAUGACUUUAAAAGCUAUUUUAGUAAUUUAAAUAAAUUUACUUUUUUGGUUUGUA